UUGUUGGAUCAGUGCACUUGCAGACUAGGUCUUUCUGCUGCUGCUCGGAGACUUUAUAACAUUGAUGGAGGGUUUAUAACUGACAUUAAUCAGUUGCGAGGCGAUUCUAGAACUAAAGAAAACCCACUACCAAGAAAAGUUGAAAAAACUGCCCAGGUUGGUAAUAGGUAUAGGGUUUUAAAACUUAAUGCUAUCUUUGAAGGAAUUACUCGACAUUGCUUCUUGUUAAAAUAGCUUUUGACAUGACACGACGUUUUGGAAAUGUUUUAUAAAAAUGCACAUCAAUAAUUUAGGAGUUAAUUCAAAAGAUAAGAUGUUUAUUGUUAAUAUUUGUCCAACCUGAUACAGAUUUAUUCCAGAUUUUCAUAAUCUUUAGCUUUAAGUCUGUUAGCUAAAACAAACCAUAUCUGCAAACAGUUGGUAAAGAUGGUUACCUAGAUGUGUUUGUAUUUUGGGUACAUUUGUUGACAACUAACUGAUCUACUAAAAAAAUUAACUUAAUUAUUAAUGUAUAUUAUAAUGAAGUCAUUUUAGUUUACAUGUUACAUUAUAGCGUCAACACAAGGAAAAUCCGACAAACGACGCAGUCGAUUUAGUUUACACUGCUAACGAUUGUAAGAAUGGAAACAUCAAAGGUUUGCAACAUUUCAUAUGCAAUGUUUACCUCUUGCGCCCUUUUCGAUGUUGAUAUAUAUGUGUCGUGAUAUAUCUCGAAGCAUCGAUAUUAUAUAGUCAUCAAAAUGACAUCCCAACAAUAUAUUUGACAUCCCAAUAAUGUAUAUUAUUAUUUACUUAAGAGAUUCCUAGUUUCUCGGCCUUCGGCUUCGGUGGAUAACACCAACUUCUGGCUUGAUAAUUCUUCAUAUCUUGUUCAACCUAAUAAAUACCAGUUUUGAAGAAACGUAUUCUUUUACUGAAGAUAUUGUAAAUUGCAGACUGUCAAAAGUCAGAGAAUAUAUCUGUGAAAAAUUCUGAAGGCUGUGCUGGUAAAUAUUCUGUUGAAGUGUUUGUGUCUUGUGGAGAACCGUUUGUUCCUUUAGAAGGUAAGCAUAUGAAGCAAUUAAUAGAAAAGGGCUAAGUUUUGGCGAAGUUGCAGGAUUUUUUGUAGAUGAAAAUCUGGACCGGAAGAGUAUUAUUAUAUACAAUUCUUACAAUGCAGUUCUGCGACUGGCGAAAUUUAUAAUAUUAAGCCAGUUCAAAAAAUGUUGACUCCCUUUAAUUAUCUUCUCAUUCUUCGUUCCGAGGAACAAUACGAUUUCUCUCCAAAGGUAUAGGAUAAACCAAAUGAGAUUAUUGUGGAAGUUCAGACUGGCCAUUUCCUAUAUUUACAUGGAGAGUGUUGCAUGCUAACAUGUAUUUUAAUGCUCUUAACUCACAUUCCAGAGGUUGAAAAGCAGUACAUUCUUCAAAUGAAACACCAAUAUGCAAGAAACUGGGUGGAAAACCACUUGGAGACCGAGAAGCAUAUUUUGCGACAAAUUCAAGGUAUGGAUUGCUACAUAUAUUGUUUGUUAAUAUGUUGUCUUCAAACUGUGCUGCAAGGCAAACAGCCAUCUAAAGGGGAAGGGACAGAGCCAAACAUAAUAAAAUUUUCACCGUUUUCUCAUGUAAAAUCUAGGUCGUCGUAUAGCUGCUCGUUCGUCAAUUGAAUCUCGUUCUUGGCAAGACUUGACCAAACAAGAGGAGGUUAAACAGGACAAUAUCGAGGAAUUGACG